GACAUCGUCUGCCAGACCUGCGUGGCCAGCGGGUUACGGGACGGAGGUGUCCGAUUUUUCCUGACCGCCGGCCCAGGGAAUUAUGGGUUCACUCCUGCAGGAUGUGAGCCGGCCUUCUACUGCACGGUGCUUGAGUCUUCGAAGUCCGAGGACAUCAAGGGCAUCGGCGAGGCCACGGUGCCUCAAAGCGAGGUUCCUAUGAAGCCGACCCUGCUUGCUACGCUGAAGAGCAACAACUACCUGCUGAAUUGCCUCUUGGCCAUGUCCGCACAGGAGCGUGGAGGCUGCUAUGGAAUCAACAUCCGCGACGAUGGCACGGUGGCAGAAGGUUGCGUGGCCAAUUGUGCCAUUAUCACAAAGGACAAAGUCUUCAUCACGCCGCCGUUCGAUGGCAUCCUCGCGGGGACGACUGUGCGCAAGGCCAUGGAGUUGGCGAAGAAACACCUGGUGGGCGAAGCAAAGGUUCUUCACGAGAUCCGCCAGGAGACCAUGCGCAAAGAGCAGCUUUUCACUGCGCAGGAGGUUAUGAUGCUUUCUGGUGAUCUUGGCGUUUCUCCGGUGACAACGCUAGACGGCCAGCGAGUGGGUAACGGGGAGGUUGGUCCAGUGGCUCGCGAACUAAAGCGCCUGAUCUGGGAGGAUGCGUAUGAUGGUACAGAGGAGCACAUCCAGCUGUCCUAUCCCUGA